AUGGCAACAAGUAUGGAUCGCAACUGCGCCUUGACGGACGACACCUUUGGUCCCUAUGCCGGCGCGGAGUGCCGUGGCGGGUUCGACUUUACUCUUCUCUUUUCAGAGAUCUUUCUCUCCACCAUACCUCUAUCUCUGUUGAUAGCUAUUGCUCCCUUCAGGAUCUACCAACUGUGGUGGAAGGAGACCAAGGUCUCUAGGUCUACCUUGUUAUACACUAAACUGAUAGCAUGGGCCGUCUUCACUGGCUUCGAACUCGCCCUUCUCGUUGUUUGGUCGAACCGACAAGUCCGCAACAGUCGUGCUGAACUCCCUUCCGCUGCCAUCAGUUUUGUCGGCGCGUUGUUGCUAGGAUGUCUCUCCUACGUAGAGCAUAUGCGAACCAUUCGCCCAUCAUUCCUCCUCACAGUAUACCUCCUCUUCACCAGCAUAUUCGACAUCGAACGUUCCCGCAGCUACGGACUCACCCCAGAGCUUGAGCAUGUUGCCACCGUCUUCGGACCCCGCCUGGGACUGAAGGUUUUCCUUGCUAUAGUGGAAGCAAGAGACAAGCGCCGACACCUUUUGCCGGACUUCGCCAACAAUCCGCCGGAGGCUACCAGUGGCAUGUACAAGCGAGCGACUUUCUGGUGGCUGAACUCGCUGUUCAAAAAAGGAUUCUCAACUUCGUUGAACAUCGAAGACCUUUUUCAAUUGGACAAACACCUACGAGCCGACUACUUGCAUCAUUUGCUUGGAUCAUCAUGGGCAAGAGUCAAAAACAUUGGUGCCCACUCUCUCUUCGGAAUGACACUGAGAAACCUUAAAUGGUCUAUAUUGGCAGUCGUGCCACCCAGACUUUUCCUGAUCGCCUUCAACUUUUGCCAACCCUUCUUGAUCGAAAGGGCAGUCCUCUUCUCCCAAGAAGAAGACACGGCGCAAACUUCAAACAUCGGUUACGGACUCAUCGGCGCAUACAUCAUUGUCUUCAUCGGCAUCGCAGUUUCUACCGGCCAGUACAUGCAUCUAACGUUCCGAUUCAUCACCCAAAUGCGAGGCGGUCUCAUCUCGAUGCUAUACAACAAGGCGACAGAAGUCACAUUGACGGACGUGGACGCUGCAUCUUCUAUCACGCUCAUGAGCGCUGAUGUUGAGCGCAUUGUUACUGGCAUGGAGACUGGCCACGAGAUAUGGUCCAAUACUCUUGAAAUCACCCUUGCGAUGUAUCUUCUGGAGCGACAGCUCGGUGCAGCAUGCGCUAUCCCUAUCGGCGUUGCCGUCCUCUCAUUGCUCGGCUCGAUAGCAGCCACCAGCUUGGUAAUGCAACGUCAAGCACUUUGGCUUGAAGGUAUAGAACGGCGAAUCGCAGCGACUAACGCUAUGCUCAACUCGAUGAAGGGUGUCAAGAUGGGCGGUCUCACUGAAGUGUUACGAGAUGAUCUUCAGAAGCUCCGAGUCGAUGAGCUCAACAUCUCCAAGAAGUUCAGGAAGCUCCUCAUCUGGACUAUGGGUUUCUCCUACAUCUCGCCAAUCGUGUCACCCAUCUUGGCGUUUGCUGUCUUCUCGGUCAUCGCACAAAACAGCGACGGCCAAAGCACACUGGACACCGCCACCGUCUUCACUUCCCUAUCGCUGUUCACACUCCUCACUGAGCCUCUAGGGUCUCUCAUCAUGGCACUUUCCUCGCUCAUGGGAGGUGUGGGGUCGUUCAAGAGAAUCCAGGAUUUCUUGACACUAGCUCCGAGAAAUGAGCAGCGCAGAUUCCCUUCCAUCUAUGGUGGCAGCACAACGUCGUUGUUCGCAGGUGAGUCGAUCAAGGGAUCCGAAACUUCUCAAAAGAGCCGCGGCUCUGUUGAAGUGAAGGAGUUCAGCGCGCUCGGCUCUCAGGCUAUCGUGAUUGAGAACGGCUACUUCGGAUGGGACCCGGUCAAGCAGCCCUCUGGUACCUUGCAGGACAUCGACAUGAUCGUCCCACGCGGGAAGAUUACCAUGGUCGUGGGACCGGUAGGGUGUGGUAAGUCAACCCUGCUCAAAGCUGUGUUAGGAGAGCUGCCCGUCAUGGGUGGCUCCCUGCAGGUGUCUUCCCUGCGGAUCGCCUUGUGCGACCAAACCCCAUGGCAUGUGAACGGCACAGUGCAGGAGAGCAUUAUCGGUGCAGCAGUAUUUGAUCAUCGGUGGUACUCAUCGGUUGUUCGGAGCUGCGCGUUAGAUGAAGACCUCCGGCAAUUACCCCAGGGUGAUCAAACCGAGAUCGGCAGCAAGGGUAUCGCAUUGAGCGGAGGCCAGAGCCAACGAAUUGCGCUUGCCAGAGCAGUCUACGCCCAAAAAGACAUCAUCAUCCUCGAUGACUGCCUUAGCGGUCUCGAUGGCCAGACCGAGAACCGCAUCUGGCACAGCCUCUUCGGCUAUGAGGGGCUAUUGAAGCGAUGCAGAACCACUGUUCUUGUUGCAUCCUCUUCAGCCAAACGUCUACCUUACUGUGAUCAUAUCGUCUCUCUCGACAGCAACGGUAGCAUCUCGGAACAAGGCCCCUUCGAGAAGUUAAAUAAGUCAGGAGGCUAUGUAUCAGGCUUUGAUCUUGGACGCGCCGACUGGGACUACCGCCCAGAGAAGCACAUCUACGAAGAGCCGCCACGAUACACUGAGCGUCAAGUCACCGACGCCCAGCUCACAGAGGACGACGUCCAAGCGGAAGCGAACCGCCGCACUGGAGACACAGCCAUCUACCUCUACUACAUCAGCACUGUGGGUUGGAUCCCGACGAUCAUCUUCAUCAUUUCCAUUGUCAUCUUUAUCUUCGGUAUCUCGUUCCCAACAGUUUGGGUGAAGAUGUGGGCUGAGUACAACGAGAACCACCCCAACGAGCGACUCGGUUACUGGCUGGGCAUCUACGCCAUGCUUGGUGGGCUUGCUCUCUUCUUCCUCAUGGUCAGUUGCUGGCAGCUCAUUAUCACGAUGGUACCUCGUUCUGGUGUCACAUUCCACAAGAAGCUGCUGGAUACAGUGCUCGCAUCGCCCAUGUCCUUCUUCUCCACCACCGAUACCGGAGUGACGCUCAAUCGCUUCAGCCAAGAUCUCAUGUUGAUCGACAUGGAGCUGCCAGUCGCUGCACUGAACACCUUUGCCACUUUCGUUCUGGUCAUCGGACAAAUGGUUCUCAUCGCCGUCGCGGCUCCCUACGCAGCGAUCUCAUUCCCUGUCGUCAUUGUCGCAGUCUUCUUCGUACAGAAGUUCUACUUGCGCACGUCGCGUCAACUCCGCUUCCUCGAUCUAGAAGCCAAGUCGCCGCUCUACACUCAGUUCAACGAGAUACUGGAAGGCUUGGCGACUAUUCGUGCCUUUGGAUGGCAGAGUUUCGUCGAAGAGAAAGCCAAGGCGCUGCUUGACCGCAGCCAGCGUCCCUUCUACCUUCUCUUCGCGGCACAACGAUGGCUGACGCUUGUCUUGGACCUCGUCGUUGCAGCUGUUGCCACCAUUCUCAUCGUCCUCGUCGUCACACUAAAGGGAAAGCUCAGCGCAGGAUAUGUCGGUGUUGCACUACUGAACGUCGUACUCUUCUCUCAAAGCAUCAAGCUGCUCAUCUCCUUCUGGACUCAGCUAGAAACACACAUCGGAAGUGUGGCUAGGAUCAAGAACUUCACCACCGAUGCCAUCGCGGAAGACCAUGAGAGCGAAGAUCACAUUCCCGCUUCCAACUGGCCAAGCGCGGGCAAGAUCGAGUUCAGAAGCAUCGAAGCAUACCACCGACCCGGUGAGCCCGUCAUCUCAAACUUCUCACUCUCCAUCAACCCUGGUGAGAAGGUCGCCAUCGUUGGUCGCACCGGUAGUGGAAAGUCGUCGCUAGUGCUCUCACUCUUCCGCAUGGUCGAGCUCUCGUCUGGCAGCAUUACCAUCGACUCCGUACCUCUUACCCGCAUUCCUCGUCAAACCAUCCGCAGUCGCCUCAUCGGCCUACCUCAGGACGCUUACCUACUGCCCGGCUCGAUCCGCCUUAACGCCGAUCCUUUGAGAGAGUCGAAUGACAAGGCCAUUAUGGCCGCGCUGAAAGAUGUCCAGCUCUGGGACAUCAUUGUGUCCAAGGGCGAUGUCGACAAGUACGCGCAUCCGCUAGAUGUCGAGGUUGAAGACCUCCACUUCUCGCACGGACAGCGCCAGCUCUUCUGCUUAGCGCGCGCCAUGCUCAAGAAGGACAAAUCCACCGUGGUCGUCAUGGACGAAGCCACCAGCAAUCUCGAUGCUGCAAGCGACGCCCACGUCCAACGCCUUCUUCGCUCCCGCUUCCCACAUCACACCCUCAUUACCGUCGCGCACAAGCUCGACACCAUACUUGACUUCGACAAGGUCGUCGUCAUGAACAAGGGCCAGCUCGUCGAGUACGGCUGCCCGCACAAGCUGUUGGACCGCCAAGGGAGCUGGUUCAAGAGCCUCUACGAGGACACCGCACGAGGAGGAGACGUAGAGGACGACGAUGACGAUGACGCGAUAAACACCCUAUCGCGGUAG